UAUAACGCAAACCCGCAUACGGUCUGUCUCUCGCUGCACGGAUUCUAGUUGCUUUGUCUUUCUGCGGAUGGUUGUAACCUUGUCAAUUUGUUUGUGUCGACCAGCGUCGAAUUGAAAAUCGUGUGGAGCAUUGCAUCGUCUGACUGGGAGAUUCAACACACUUUGGAUUAUUUUUGUCAACAUGGGAGUCGAGGAAUUCUCUCUCUGCCGUCUGAUGUAUGUUUUUGUCGUCGUUGCUCAAAUGCGCCUCGUGUAUGGAGAUCUGAGCUAUUCUCUUUCGGAGGAGAUGAAACGCUCGUCUGUUGUUGGAAAUAUAGCAAAAGAUCUUGGUGUUGACCCGAAAACCCUGUCUGCUCGAAAUGCCCGGAUUGAUGUUGAAGGGACACGUAAGCAGUAUUGUGAGAUGAAUCUGAGCACCGGGGACUUGGUCACAGCGGAGAGAAUCGACAGAGAAAGCCUUUGUGACAAAAAACCCUCAUGUGUGAUAAAACUGGACUUGGUGUUGGAAAAUCCUCUUGAGCUGCAUCGCAUAAAUCUCCACAUUCAAGAUGUAAAUGACAACUAUCCAAAAUUCAAAAAUAAUUUGAUUGAGAUGGAAAUAAGCGAGUCGGCAGAAAAGGGCAGUCGCUUUUCCAUAGAAAAGGCCCAUGAUGCAGAUGUUGGCCAAAAUGCCAUUCAAAGAUACAAUUUACAAAGAAAUGCAAAUUUUAUUCUUGCUGUUGACAACAACAAAGUCGAGCUUGUUCUAGAAAAUAAGCUCGACCGAGAAAAACAAAGUGAGAUGAAUUUGCUCCUCACAGCUUUAGAUGGGGGCUCUCCUCAGAGAUCCGGCACAGUAGUCAUACACGUCACCGUGCUGGAUGCUAACGAUAACGCCCCAGUGUUCAGCAAGGCCAUUUAUAAAGCCAGUUUGCCUGAAAACUCGCCCCCAGAUACAAUCGUGAUCAAUGUGAGUGCUACAGAUGCAGAUGAAGGAGCGAAUGGCGAUGUGACAUAUGACUUUGGCCAUGUCUCAGAUGAUAAUGUUAAUGCAUUUUCUAUUGAGCCCACAACAGGUGUAAUCACAGUAACACGUUUAAUUGAUUUUGAAGAGAAAAGUUCAUAUGAAAUGAGUGUUGAAGCUAAAGAUGGUUUGGGACUGACAUCCUACAGUAAAAUAAUAAUAGAUGUUACUGAUGUAAAUGAUAAUGCUCCUGAAAUUAAUUUGAAGUCACUGUACAACACAGUGUCAGAGAAUGCGUCACCUGGUACAGAGGUGGGCAUUAUUAACGUGCAGGACAGAGAUUCUGGGAAAAAUGGAAAUGUGCACUGCUCCAUUCCACAAAAUGUCCCUUUUAAAUUAGUUCCUUCUAUUAAAAACUAUUAUUCUCUGGUGACCACUGGACAACUUGACCGUGAACUCGUGUCUGAUUACAACAUUACAAUCACCGCCACUGACGAGGGCUCUCCUCCUUUGUCAUCCUCGAAAAGUCUUCACUUGUCUGUAGCAGACAUCAACGACAACCCACCCGUGUUUGAGGAACAGUCGUACAGCGCAUAUGUGAGUGAGAACAACAAAGCUGGCUCCACUUUAUGUUCUGUCAGUGCUCGAGACCCCGACUGGAGACAGAACGGCACCGUGAUUUAUUCUCUUUUACCUGCUGAGGUAAACGGUGCCCCGGUGUCCUCCUAUGUGUCUGUGAACGGAGACACGGGGGUGAUCCAUGCUGUCAGGUCGUUUGAUUACGAACACUUGAGGAGUUUCCAAGUCCACGUCAUGGCCCGAGACAACGGUUCUCCUCCACUGAGCAGCAACGUGAGCGUCAGCGUGUUCAUAUCGGACGUCAACGACAACUCUCCUCAGAUCUUGUAUCCCGCCCCGGAGGGCAACUCCUUCAUGACCGAGCUGGUCCCCAAAGCUGCACACGGAGGCUCUGUGGUGUCCAAAGUGAUCGCGGUGGACGCCGACUCGGGACAGAACGCCUGGCUGUCCUAUCAUAUUGUCAAGUCCACAGACCCGGGACUCUUCACCAUUGGUCUCCACAGUGGAGAGAUACGGACGCAGCGGGACGUUUCAGAGUCUGACAGCAUGAAACAGAAUCUGAUUGUGGCCGUGAAAGAUAACGGACAGCCCCCUCUCUCUGCCACCUGCUCCAUGUAUUUAGUUAUUUCGGACAACUUGGCCGAGGUGCCGGAACUGAAGGACAUUUCUUAUGACGACAAGAAUUCCAAGCUGACCUCUUACCUGAUCAUUGCUCUGGUGUCCGUGUCCACCUUCUUCCUGACCUUCAUCAUCAUCGUCCUGGGUGUGAGGUUUUGUCGCAGGAGAAAGCCAAGACUGUUGUUUGAUGGAGCAGUCGCCAUCCCCGGCGCGUAUCUGCCUCCUAAUUACGCAGAUGUAGACGGCACAGGAACUUUACGCAGCACCUACAACUAUGACGCCUACUUGACAACAGGCUCCAGAACCAGUGACUUUAAGUUUGUUUCGUCCUACAAUGACAACACGCUGCCAGCUGACCAGACUUUAAGGAAAAGUCCAACAGAAUUCUUUGAGGCUUUUGGUGACAUUGAUGAGGUAGGAAUCUUUUAAAAUCAUUUUAUCUGUCAAGCUUCAGCAAAAACAAAAACACACAUUCCACCAGUGAACAAGCUUUAAGGAACCACUCCUGAACACGCUUGUUUAGUAUUUUUUUAACACCACAU